UGAAUAGUAUAGUAUAUCCUUGCAGAAAGUCACAAAAGUGAACAGCUCAACUCCCUUAUCAACAUGUCUACACUGAUGGAGUAUAUUUUAAAAUAAACUUAUGUUUUUGGAGGCAUUUAAAUUGAAACUUAUAUAUAUAUAAUCCCCUCUACAUAUAUAUUUGCAGAGAAGCAAAAUUGAAAAACAAAAAUGGGAUUAAUGGAAUAUUACAAGCCCAUAAUUGUGAUGAUAGGAUGUCAGUUUCUGUAUGCAGGAACAAAUCUGUUUGUUAGAGCUGCCCUUUUGGAAGAGAUGAGUUCAAGUGUCUUUGUUGUUUAUAGACAAUUUAUUGGUUUCUUGCUUAUGGCCCCUUUUGCUUAUUUUUCAAGGAAAGGAAAAGAUGGUUGUCGUUUGAAGUGGAAGAGUUUUUGGUUAAUAUUUUUGCUCUCUUUUGUGGGUGUGACAGCUAACCACAACUCAUAUUACAUGGGCAUGACUCUUAUCACAACAUCAGUGGCAAGUGCGAUGUACAAUUUGGCGCCUGCCAUCACCUUUGUCAUGGCCUACACCAUGGGGUUAGAAAAAGUUGUCCGAAGCUGGGGUAGCAUUGCUAAGAUUAUUGGCACAGUUUUGUGUGUGAGUGGUGCUGCUGUGAUGGCCCUUCUAGAAGGUCCCAAAUUACUUGACACAAAAUUGGGAGAUGAUCACACAAGAUUGAUAGGUUGCUUGCUCGUCUUCGGCAGCUCAUGUUGCUGGUCCCUUGCCCUAAUUUUGCAAGCGCGUGUAAACGAGUACUACCCCGAUUAUGUUUCGAUGACGGCGUAUAUGUGCCUCAUGGCAUCACUGCAAUCUGGAAUCUUCACAGUGCUCGUGGAGCCAAGUACGAAUGUGUGGAAACUCACCACUCCGAUGCAAAUAUUCUCUUGCCUGUUCGCGGGCAUGACGUCAGCAAUAACCUUCUUCGCUCAAGCAUGGUGCGUUGCUAGGAGAGGGCCUCUUUUCUCAGCUCUGUUCCAGCCUCUAUGUACAGUUAUUGUAACAGUUUUUGGCUACAUCUUUUUGCAUGAAGACUUGUACACUGGAAGUGUGACAGGUGCAGUGGCAGUGAUAAUUGGACUAUAUAUAGUGCUAUGGGGUAAAGCAAAAGACAAUAAUAAUGAAGUGAAGGAAGAACAGAUCAAAACAUUGGAUUCCCAAAUUUGUGAAAGUUGCAAAAUUGAUUUGGUAGAGCCCCUUUUGCCUGAAAAAACAUCGAUAUUUUGAAUUAGAUGAUUCGAUCACGAUGUUUCCGAAAAAACUACGCGCUGACUCACGCUCGAUCCUUAUAAUUCGACAUCAUAUCAAUCAUCAUUUAUUCAAAAUUAGUCUAUUUUUCGAAUGAAGAUCUAA